AUGGCUCUUGUUCGAUAUCUUACACCCCAUCUGGCGGCAGGCUUGAUUGUCACUGGAGCCGUACUGGCAAGUCCUUUCAGCAAUGCUGUCCAUGAUGCACACAUCGCCACCGGCUUCGUCUCAGAGCUUACACAGAACAUCACGGCCGUUCAUCAAGAGCACCAGCAAAUACACAGGCAUGCUCUUGUCUGUAGCCAGUCUUCGUCCCUCACGGUUGAUGUAGGCUACGCCAAGUACCAAGGCCAACAAAAUUUCGCUACCGGCGUGAAUGUUUGGAAAGGAAUCCGGUAUGCAACUGCUGCAAGAUGGCAACCGCCGCGUCUUCCACCGCCGCGUCCUAAUGCCCCUAUCACGCAAGCGACGAAACAAAGUGCUCAGUGCCCGAAUUCCAGCCCAUCUGUGGGCGGUUCACCCCAAAUUGAGGACGAUGAGAACUGCCUUUUCCUCAAUGUCUAUGCCCCCGCCAAGGCGCAAAACCUCCCUGUCCUUGUUUGGAUUCAUGGUGGGGGCUACGGCUUGGGAAACAACGUUCAGGACAUGACCGAGAUUAUCAACGCAAACAACCAAGGCUUCCUUGUCGUCUCCAUCCAGUACCGUCUCGGCGCCUUUGGCUUCCUUGCUUCACAAGAAGUCAAGAACACGGGUGUUGUCAAUGCUGGUCUCCUCGACCAGGCCUUUGCUCUCGCAUGGGUCAAGCUGUUCAUCUGCAAAUUUGGCGGCAACCCACUAGCCGUCACUAUCGCGGGCGAGUCCGCUGGCGCCGGCUCCGUCAUGUACCACAACCUUGCCGUCAACGGUACUUUGGGUCCGCUACUUUUCGACAAGUCCAUUGCCAACUCGCCCUACCUUCCUUUCCAGUACAACUACAACGAUGCUAUCCCUACUUCUAGAUACUAUGCCUUCGCUCAGGCUGCCGGUUGUCCCAGCAGUGGGGACGUGUUCGCCUGUCUUCAGAGCAAAGACUCGGCCACACUACAACAAGCUAACUACGUCGUCAAUAAACAAGCGCCGCAUGGCUACUGGGCUUUCUACCCCGUCACCGACCACGCCUACAUUAUGAGUCUUGCCAGCCAACAGCUUGCCGACAAGCAAGUGAACGGUAUGAAGCUUCUCGUUGGGUUCAAUGCUAACGAAGGCCCUCUGUUUGUCCCCAACAACAUCGACACCGAGUCACAACUCGCCGAAUGGCUCAAGGUGGAGUUUCCCAAACUGUCCGCGACACAAGUCAACUCCAUCCUCAUCGCGAAUCCCAACAGUAGCCCAACUAACCGCGCGGGCCCGUUCUUUGAAACGAACGGUCUUUCCGGCGCCAACGCGCUGAACAUGUCUGGUGGUGCCAACGGCCAACAACAGCGCGGCUACAACAUCUACGCCGAAGCCACCUUUGUCUGCCCAGCCUACUGGUUUGCCUCUGCAUUCAUCGGCUCUAGCGCUAAGAAGGCCUACACAUACCAAUACUCCGUCCCCUUUGCCCGGCACGGCACCGACAUCGCCGGCUACUUUGGUCCGCAAACUGAGAACCAGUCUAACGACUUCGUUCUUGCCUUCCGCCGCAUCUGGGGUAACUUCAUCAUGACUGGCAACCCAUCCAUCACCAGCCUGCUCGCCAACGGGCAGUCAACGGGGGAUACGAGCGCACAUCCUGUUGCGGCUUGGCCGGCUUGGACCGAGAGUGCUCCAAAGUUGGUGAAUCUGAACGAAACAGGUGGUUUGCAGUACCAGGCACCGACGCAAUGGGGGUUCAAUGUGACGCAGUCCAAAGAGCCCGGAUUGAAGAAUGCGAUGGAAGUCGUAGAUGCUGACUCUUGGGAGGGAGGGAGAGGGCAGAGGUGCACCUUCUGGAAGCAACUAACUCCUAACAUUCCGGCGUAG